AUGCGCUACCUGCUCUACUACUUGAUUCUCGACCGCGCCCGGCGCGCCAGAGGCCAUAAAGCACAACUCCGCCGCGUCUUGGAAGCGUACGAGGCAGCGCUGCGCGCCGACAUCGAGCACCUGCACCGCAUGCGCCGCAUCCGCGCUCUCGAAGCGUCACUGCCCCGCGUUGAGGAGCACCGGCCGUGGUACAAGCUCUACCGCGCACGCGACGACGCCGCCUUUCUCUCCUUCGUGUCGCUGCCGCCACCGGCCUUUCACGAGCUAUUGACGGCGUUUGCGCGCCGCUACGACAUCAAGUCGGGGGUUGGUUUGCCCGGGCGGCCGACAAGCGUGCCCAAGCACGCCGCGCUCGGCCUCGUGCUCGCCAUGUACACGCACGCGCUCAACAUGCCGCGUCUCUGCGAGCACUUUGGUGUGAAAAUGUCGACACUCAGCCGCGUGUUUGCCAAAGCCGAGGCGGCGCUUGCAUUGGCGCUCGCCGACCUCCCGAACGCGGCCAUGGUGUGGCCAACCCAGCCGGCGUUGCAGCGAUUUGCGGCCGCGACAGUCGUCCGCGGCGUCGUUGGACUCGUCGAUGUGUGUACGCUCGCCGUGCAGGCCCCGACGGUCGCCGACCGCCGCCGCUGCGAAGGCACUGCCGAGGCGGCGUGGCUCGAGUGUGAUGCGGUCUGGGGCAUGAUGAUCGUCGGCCUCGAUGGCACCCUUUUGUGGUACAAGCACAAUUUGCCUGGUUUCUGGGACAUCGACUUUGAAGUCUACCAAGAGGUAGAGCGCCAAGCCGCGCAAAAGUUGCCGGCCCACCACAUCCUUGUCGCGCCGGCGACAUUUCCAGUGACUAGCGAGAGCGACGGCCACAUCGUAACGCCGCUCGCUUCCGACGACGACGGCAGCGGAGGCGACAAGCAAGCCAUCACGUCGCUGCUCGGCGCCGCCGAGUGGGGCACGCCCCAUGUGAAGCUCGUCUACCAAAAGUUGGGUCAACCGCUGCCAUUCGACCGCGAGCUGCGUCGUUGUCGCAUCAGUAACAUCCUCCGCCUCUACAACUUUCGACUCCGGAGCAUGGGCACGAGUCCGCUCCAGGCGGCCUUGGCGGGUCGCGUCUAACUCCCGAUAGAAUGCGCUCUUGUAGGCGUCGUCAACGCCACCAUAGUCUGCCUCGUCUUCUAUAAACAAUAUGGACAGUGGCUUCAACGUG